AUGUUGCGCCAGGUUGCCUCAGUUUCUCGUCGCCUCUUUAGCACGAGCGCUGCUGACACGGACGUUGUGAUUGUCAGCUAUGCGCGUACGCCCAUCACGUGCUUUAAUGGAUCUUUUGCACCGCUUCAAGCGCCCGAACUGGGUGCCAUUGCUAACGCUGAGGCCGUCAAGCGAGCAAAUCUCACUCCUGAUCACAUUCAAGAGGCGUUUCUAGGUAACGUAGUAAGCGCUGGUAUUGGCCAGGCGCCAGCACGCCAGUCUGUUAUUAAGGCGGGGUUUCCCACAUCUAUUCCGUGUACGACUAUCAACAAAGUGUGCGCGUCCGGCAUGAAGGCAUUGGCCAUCGGUGCACAGAGUCUCAAGAGCGGUAGUCAGCAAAUCGUGCUAGCUGGUGGAUUUGAAAGUAUGUCGAACGUUCCGCAUUACGUUCCAAAGGCACGCACGGGCUAUCGUUUGGGCCACGGCCAACUUGUGGACGGCGUGAUAUAUGACGGAUUGUGGGACCCGUAUAAUGAACAGUUGAUGGGAAUGUGCGGGGAAAAAUGCGCGGAGGACUUUGGCUUCUCACGUGAGGAACAGGACGCUUAUGCGACUGAGAGCUACCGCCGUGCAGUAGAAGCUAGUAAUCGAGGCUUCUUCAACAAGGAAAUUACGCCCGUGACCGUCAAAGGGCGUGGCAAUCAAUCUCAGGUUUAUGACAAGGAUGAAGAAAUGUUUGUUACGAAACCCGAUAAAAUUCCGACCUUACGCACGCCAUUUAAGAAAAAUGGCACGAUCACGGCGGCAAACGCGCCGUCGCUGAAUGAUGGCGCAGCUGCCAUGGUACUUAUGACUGGGGCCAAGGCUCGAGAAUUGAAUGUUACUCCUUUGGCGCGUAUUCGAGGCUUUGCUGACGCAGCGCAGGACCCUAUGGACUUCACGAUUGCCCCUUCCAAGGCCGUUCCGCUAGCCCUGCACCACGCUGGCCUUCAGAUGAGUGACGUGGACUACCACGAGAUCAACGAAGCCUUUUCGGUCGUAGCAUUGGCGAAUAUGCGUCUCAUGAAUAUCCAGCAUGACCGCCUUAAUGUCAACGGUGGCGCAGUUGCUAUCGGCCACCCGAUCGGCAUGUCUGGCACGCGUAUUGUAGGUACUCUCAUUCACAUCUUGAAAGAAAAGGAUGCAACAAUUGGCUGUGCAGCAAUCUGUAACGGAGGUGGUGGCGCCGGUGCCAUGAUCAUUGAACGCAUGAAUUAG